CAGUAAUGAUAAAAUAUUAGAGAGUGAAAAGGACCAUAAGGAAGAUAAUGAAACGCAUAAUGAUGAAUAUAAUAAUAAAGAUAAUAAAGGGUAUAAUAAUGAAUACAAUGAAGAAGAUAAUGAGGAAGAUAGUGAAGAGUAUAAUAAGAGAUAUA